AUGAUGAGAAAGCCUUUCAAGUCAAAGUUGAAAGAUAUAUUUCUUCUAUUGGCCAUCUCCAAUGCGAAUUUCUGUGUCAAGGGACACCCUGCUUUUAAAGCUGGCGGAUUACAUAUUAUUGACGACAUCAAGGGUGUUGACGACAUUGUCCAAGGGGGAAACAUGCACAACAGUCUUCGAUUAGCCAAUAAUGGAGCAAAUCAAAUCCCAGAUGGUACAAAACUUGCAACCUCCGCAGAUCUUCGCCAUCCAAAUACUGGCUCCGGGGAUGCAAAAAUGGUGGAAACUUCCAACACAAAUUUAAAGGAUCCGGAGAAAAAUCCACUCACACCUACCUCAAAAAUUGAGCAAACUACAGAUUUGGAACCCCUGAAGCUCAUCAAGCUGGAUCCCUCUAUAGGACAACAUGUGGUUACGCCUCAGAAGCUGGAAUUCCUCAACCCAGCCCAAGUCAGGGAGCUCUCUCAUGAUGAUCUUAUCAAAUAUGUAGCAGAAAGAGAUGCAGUUGCAGCAAAUGAGGCUAAAAACUUGUAUCAACGCGCACAGGAAUAUACGCAAGCUGAACAAAAUGCCUUCUCCAUGGCCAAAUCUGCGAAGAAUCUUAAAAAUCGUGUUGACCCGAACCUGGCGAGAUUAGAAAUGCAGCUAUCAGAGCAGGGAUUAUCCGGAGAAGAUCUCAUAAUCACUCAACGGAUAAAGUACAUCACAUCCAAGUUACAACAACCACAUCAAUCAGGACGUUCACAAGAAGCCGUGGAAAGACUGCAGGAGGCCCACAGGUCUUAUAUUCAAGCUUAUACCAAUAUUCAACGUGAAUUUCGUCAACUUAUUUCAAGGGAAUCACUCAGCCCACAAGCCCUCUCAAAGCUUACCGAUGAGGAUUAUGCAAGAAAGGCAGCAUUAUUUGACAAAGAUGUGAAUCGGAAGUAUGGCCAAUGGUUGAAUAUUGAAGAAACUUUGGAUAGACUGGUAAAGGAUUCUCUUUCAAGAUUGUCUUUUGUAUUCAGCCACAGUCGGAAGGAGGGUGAUGCAAUACUCAAAAAGAAGAUUGACUUCAUUUCUUCAAAAAUGAUAGAAAAGGCAAAACGUAAAGGAAAGCCAAUCGAGGAAAAAAUUAUACAAAAGGCUGCUGAAAAGGAAGUCAUAAAGAGAGAAGCCAAAAAUUAUUUAGUUUUUGAAGAAGCCCUGGUGAAUCUCAAGUACUUGGAAAAGAGUGGUAUGAAAGCUAAGAGUGAGGCUUUAAGAAGUGCUGAUAAAUUCUAUAAAAAUAAUAGAAUUUUGAAAUCUUCAGAGGUGAGAUUGAAGCCUUGGUCAUUGAAAGAUUAUCUUAAAAAGAUGUUUCCUUAG